AUGAAAUUGUUUGACGAAAAAAAUGACGGAUUAUUAAAAUUAUCUAAAAAUGUACUAACAACGUGUGUACUGUCGCACACCACAGAUUUAACAGAAAUAUUGUUUGGUCAACUCACAGCUAGAUUCAACGAGAAAGUGUUCAUAACUGACAAGGGUUACUGCUACGACUGGACUCUGCGUCCGUGGCCAACUUCCGGAAAGGUCUGUUUCCAGGUCAAAAGCGAGGGCAUCGCGGCCCUUGCUCUCUCCCCAGAAAGAGAUCCACCGGCCGGUACACUGGUCUAUGAGAUGGAACUCGGCUUCUCCAACAACCAGCUGACCGUUCUCCGCCGAGGAAUGCACGGAGGCAACAUCGCGGUUGAAUCGACUCCGGAUAUCCUCGACUGCGAUGAAUUCCGGACGUUCUGUCUCGAGGCCAGCGGGCCGCAUAUCACCCUGACGGCCCUGGGAGACCCUAAGCCGAUCCUGGACUACGUGGACGAGGAGCGGCCUGAAGUCAUGUAUCAGUACAUCGGCUUUGCUGGCGGGUAUGACUUCAAGGUGUGGUGGAGGUGGCCGGAGGAUAUGGUUCCAGAUUACGAGAUCCCAAAAGACGGUCAAGAAAUAAUCAAUCUACCCCCACAACCACCCGUAGGUGCAGACAAGUGUCUUGAAACAUCGCCUCCUUGCGGAGACAACGGAGUUUGCUACGAAGACCAUUCCUUGUCGAGUGGCUUUCGAUGCGAGUGUACGAAUAACUACAGGGGAGAACGCUGUGAUGAAAAACCAAGCGGUAGUAACCCCGAAGAACCUGCUAAGCCGCCACCUAGACCACAAGACCCAUGUCGUCCAAAUAAUCCCUGCAAGAACGGGGGAGUUUGUAGCAGUACAGGAGUUUCAAAAUACACUUGCGCAUGCGUGAACGGCUACAGCGGAGACAACUGCGAACAAGAACCUGAUCCAUGUCAACCCAACAACCCAUGCCUAAACGAUGGAGUCUGCAGAAGUAUAGGAGGUGGGCAGUACACCUGCGAAUGUGUGAACGGAUACAUGGGAGACAACUGCGAGGAAGAACCGGAUCCAUGUCAACCAAACAACCCAUGCCAGAACGGGGGAAUCUGCAAAAGUACAGGAGGUGAACAGUACACCUGCCAAUGUGUGAACGGUUACACGGGAGCCUUCUGCGAGGAAGAACCGGACCCGUGUCGUCCAAAUAAUCCCUGCAAGAACGGGGGAGUUUGUAGCAGUACAGGAGUUUCGAAAUACACUUGCGCAUGCGUGAACGGCUACAGCGGAGACAACUGCGAACAAGAACCUGGUUCCAUCAUCGUCAUAACCGAAGAUAUUGAGGAGACGGAUUUUCCCAGCAUCCCUCCGCUUACCCCUGACGGUUUGUACGAAAUCUGCAUCCGGGUGAACCCAGAAGAAGCCGUUUUCGUCGGGAUCUACAAGUCCAGAGCAGACGCCGACCAAAAUCUUGCCAUGUAUGAUCUGACUUUUGAAUCUGGAGAACCUGCAACAGUUAAAUCACAAGGCCAACCAGUAGGCGCUGAGGUGUCGUGGAGCGGAAGCCUGUCUUUCUGCAUUGAAAUUAGCGACCAAAUCUCUGUAUAUCCGAAGGAGCCGGGAGCCUUGCCGUGGUGGACACUACCCAAGCCAGACGACGUAAAGCACAUUGAAAUAGGCUUUGCCUCCAGUAUCACGACAACAUGGACCAUCAUUCCGACAUACAAACCACCUUCAGGAAGUGAACCUGAAGUGCCCGAACCAAAACCAGAAAGACCGAAGGAACCACCUUCAGGAAGUGAACCUGAAGUGCCCGAACCAAUACCAGAAAGACCGAAGGUGUGUCCUGUACUAGAUUGCCUGUUUCCUUGUCCCAAGGGCCUCAAAAAGGAUGAGAACGGCUGUGAUACUUGCGAAUGCAAAGGGAAAGUCGACAAUCGUAGGAAAUGCCCAGCUGUACCCGGGGGUGUAGCAAGAAUCUGCGAGGAGCGAUGUGCCGCCGACAAUAACUGUGAAAAGCAGCACAAAUGUUGCUCCAACGGAUGCGGCCACGUUUGCAUAAAAGCAUGUAAGCCUCUCAAAUGCAAGAAGGCCUGUGAACUCGGUUACGUGAGGAACCGAAAGGGAUGCGAAAUAUGUAAAUGUAGAGAGCCAUUUCAAGAGCGGCCUAUACCAGAUAAAGCUCCCCCACAAGAACCACCUGCAGGGAGUGAACCUGAAGUGCCCGAACCAAAACCAGAAAGACCGAAGGAACCACCUGCAGGGAGUGAACCUGAAGUGCCCGAACCAAUACCAGAAAGACCAAACGUGUGUCCUCAAGUACGAUGCGCAUAUCCCUGCCCCAAAGGUUUCAAAAAGGAUGAAAACGGCUGUGGGACGUGCGAGUGCAAAGGGAAAGUCGACCAUCGUGGGAAAUGCCCAGCUGUACCCAUGGAUGUAGCAGGAAUCUGCGAGGAGCGAUGUGCCGCCGACAAUAACUGUGAAAAGCAGCACAAAUGUUGCUCCAACGGAUGCGGCCACAUUUGCAUCAAAGCAUGUAGGUCUCUAAAAUGCAAGAAGGCCUGUGAACUCGGAUUCAAGACUAACCAAAAGGGAUGCAAAAUAUGUCAAUGUAAAGAACCACCUGCAGGGAGUGAACCUGUAGUGCCCGAACCAAAACCAGAAAGACCGAAGGAACCACCUGCAGGGAGUGAACCUGAAGUGCCCGAACCAAAACCAGAAAGACCGAAGGAAUGUAAGCCAUUCAAAUGCAAGAAGGCCUGUAAAUUCGGUUACAAGACGAACAAAAGGGGAUGCAAAAUAUGUCGAUGUGAAGAACCACCUGCAGGGAGUGAACCUGAAGUGCCCGAACCAAAACCAGAAAGACCGAGGGAAUGUAAGCCAUUCAAAUGCAAGAAGGCCUGUCAAUUCGGGUACAAGACGAACAAAAGGGGAUGCAAAAUAUGUCGCUGUGAAGAACCACCUGCAGGGAGUGAACCUGAAGUGCCCGAACCAAAACCAGAAAGACCAAAGGAACCACCUGCAGGGAGUGAACCUGAAGUGCCCGAACCAAAACCAGAAAGACCGAAGGAAUGUAAGCCAUUCAAAUGCAAGAAGGCCUGUAAAUUCGGGUACAAGACGAACAAAAGGGGAUGCAAAAUAUGUCGAUGUGAAGAACCACCUGCAGGGAGUGAACCUGAAGUGCCCGAACCAAUACCAGAAAGACCGAAGGAAUGUAAGCCAUUCAAAUGCAAGAAGGCCUGUCAAUUCGGGUACAAGACGAACAAAAGGGGAUGCAAAAUAUGUCGCUGUGAAGAACCACCUGCAGGGAGUGAACCUGAAGUGCCCGAACCAAAACCAGAAAGACCAAAGGAACCACCUGCAGGGAGUGAACCUGAAGUGCCCGAACCAAAACCAGAAAGACCGAAGGAAUGUAAGCCAUUCAAAUGCAAGAAGGCCUGUCAAUUCGGUUACAAGACGAACAAAAGGGGAUGCAAAAUAUGUCGAUGUGAAGAACCACCUGCAGGGAGUGAACCUGAAGUGCCCGAACCAAAACCAGAAAGACCAAAGGAAUGUAAGCCAUUCAAAUGCAAGAAGGCCUGUCAAUUCGGGUACAAGACGAACAAAAGGGGAUGCAAAAUAUGUCGCUGUGAAGAACCACCUGCAGGGAGUGAACCUGAAGUGCCCGAACCAAAACCAGAAAGACCGAAGGAACCACCUGCAGGGAGUGCACCUGAAGUGCCCGAACCAAAACCAGAAAGACCGAAGGCAUGCCCUGAGCCAGAGUGUGAUGUGGAUUGCGCAGAUGGAUUUGAAAUGGACGCUGAGGGCUGCCAGACGUGCGAUUGCGUAUACAUUCCAGAAGAAGUCGAAGGUGAACAACAACCUGAAGAUGUGUACGGCACGGUUCUGACGACUACCGGGGGUACCAAGGAGAUUGUCAUCAGCACGGAGGUGGACACAACACAGGAGCAAGAGUUCACCAUCGACCUCAGUGACCCGGUGGAGUUCUUGCUGGUAUCAACGGAGGGAACUCUUGGGAUCGUCGUGGUAAAGAACUAUGUUGAGAUUGUGACCUCUAGUGGCAAGACGCUGAAGUCCGUGAAACUACCAUCUUGGUGUCUAAGGCAACCAGAGCUCACGUUCUCCGUCAGUUUCUUCACAACCGGCUUCAAGCUGCUUAUCAUCACAACUUCUGGAGAGGAGAGAGUCCUGACGAAGUAUGUCAAGUCCAACAAGAGAAAGUUCAGCUGCCGUGCGCUCAAGGUGCGAUCGAAGGGUACCAAGAAGUGCAAAGUCAAGUACAGGCACAAGCGAAGAAAAGGGAAGAGAGGCAAACGAGGGAAAAAGGGCAAAAAAGAAAAGAACCGCCCGAAAAAGAACCGCCCAAAAAAGAAGAAAGGAUGCCCAGAGGUACAAUGUGCUGAGGCCUGCGAAGAGGGCUUUGAAAUGGACGUAGAGGGCUGCCAGACUUGUGACUGCAUAGAGAUCCAACAAGGUGGCGAAGGAGGACAACCGGAAGACGAGUUUGGCACCGUUCUGCAGACCACCGGCGGCUCCAAGGAGAUUGUCAUCAGCACGGAGGUGGACACAACCCAGGAGCAAGAGUUCACCAUCGACCGCAACGACCCGGUGGAGUUCUUGCUGACAUCGUCGGAGGGAGAACUGGGAAUUGUCGUGAUAAAGAGCUCUGUUGAAAUUGUGAGUUCCAGCGGUAAGACGCUGAAGUCCGUGAAACUGCCAUCUUGGUGUCUAGUGCAACAAGAGCUCACGUUCUCCGUCAGUUUCUUCACAACCGGCUUCAAGCUGCUCAUCAUCACUACUUCUGGAGAGGAGAGAGUCCUGACGAAGUAUGUCAAGUCCAACAAGAAAAAGUUCAGCUGCCGUGCGCUCAAGAUGCGAUCGAAGGGUACCAAGAAGUGCAAGGUGAAAUACAGGCACAAGCGAAGAAGAGGACGGAGAGGCAAGGGAGGGAAUAAAGGCAAAAAAGGAAACAGAAGCGUGAAGAAGAAGUCCAAGGGUAAAGGCGGGAAGACCAAGAGCGGAUCCAAGAGCCGAUCCAAGAGUGCUAAAGAAAACAAAGGCCCGAAGAAGUCCAAAACAAAGGGAAACAGAAGCUUGAAGAAGUCCAAAGGAAAAGGCGGGAAGACCAGAAGCCGAUCAAAGAGCCGAUCCGAGAGUGCUAAAGAAAACAAAGGCCCGAAGAAGUCCAAAACAAAGGGAAACAGAAGCUUGAAGAAGUCCAAAGGAAAAGGCGGGAAGACCAGAAGCCGAUCAAAGAGCCGAUCCGAGAGUGCUAAAGAAAACAAAGGCCCGAAGAAGUCCAAAACAAAGGGAAACAGAAGCUUGAAGAAGCAUAAAGGAAAAGGCGGGAAGACCAGAAGCCGAUCAAAGAGCCGAUCCGAGAGUGCUAAAGAAAACAAAGGCCCGAAGAAGUCCAAAACAAAGGGAAACAGAAGCUUGAAGAAGUCCAAAGGAAAAGGCGGGAAGACCAGAAGCCGAUCAAAGAGCCGAUCCGAGAGUGCUAAAGAAAACAAAGGCCCGAAGAAGUCCAAAACAAAGGGAAACAGAAGCUUGAAGAAGCAUAAAGGAAAAGGCGGGAAGACCAGAAGCCGAUCAAAGAGCCGAUCCCAGAGUACUAAAGAAAACAAAGGCCCGAAGAAGUCCAAAACAAAGGGAAACAGAAGCUUGAAGAAGUCCAAAGGAAAAGGCGGGAAGACCAGAAGCCGAUCAAAGAGCCGAUCCGAGAGUGCUAAAGGAAACAGAAGCCCGAAGAAGUCCAAGGGUAAAGGCCGGAAGACCAAAAGCCGAUCCAAGAGUGAUGAAGGAAACAGAAGCCCGAAGAAGUCAAAAACUAAAGGAAACAAAAGCCCGAAGAAGUCCAAAACUAAAGGAAACAAAAGUCCGAAGAAGCCCAAAACUAAAGGAAACAAAAGCCCGAAGAAGUCCAAAACUAAAGGUGCGUAA